AUGCAACAAGCACUCAGGGUCUCGCGGGCGCUGUCUGCCCGAGUCCCUUGUCGGCCCCGGAUAUCACCUCACCAGACUAUUCUAGCUCGUGGGGCUCGAUUGAAUAGUUCCAAAGCAGGCGCAGAGAAGAAAACAGACCAAAGUAGUUCCUCGAGCUCGGAAUCAUCAAAAGGAGCUGCUCCGUUGUCAUUCUGGACGCCGACAAAGGCGCUCCUUGUCUCCGCAUUUGCUGCGGGGUUGGGAUACGGAUAUGCUUCAUACGGCCAGGGACCAGCACAAGCAUCUCAGAAGCCACAGUAUGGCUCAGCGAAGGAUUUCGAAAAGGCCAUCAGUGAACUGAGAACCAAACUAGGCGACGACGCGGUCAGCACUGAAGAAGAUGAACUUCAACAGCACGGAUACUCUGAAUGGUCCAGUCUCAAUGCAGACCGGUUACCCGUUGCCAUUGCAUACCCUACGACGACUGAAGAAGUUGCCGAGAUCGCCAAGAUCUGCAACAAGUACCGCAUGCCUAUGAUUCCCUACUCGGGUGGAUCGAGUCUAGAAGCCAAUUUUUCCGCGCCGCUUGGUGGUUUGACCAUCGACUUCGCCUUCAUGAACAAAGUUCUGGAAAUUCACCCGGAGGACAUGGAUGUCGUGGUGCAGCCAUCGAUCCAGUGGAUGGAGUUGAACGAACAAAUCAAGGAGACAGGCAUGUUCUUCCCCGUUGAUCCCGGUCCUUCCGCUAUGAUUGGUGGUAUGGUUGGUACGAAUUGUAGUGGGACAAAUGCUGUUCGGUAUGGUACAAUGAAGGACUGGGUGAUCAACCUUACUGUCGUGUUGGCCGAUGGACGCAUUAUCAAGACACGGAAGCGUCCCCGCAAAACUUCUGCUGGGUAUAACCUGACCGGGCUGUUUGUUGGUUCUGAGGGCACCCUGGGAAUUGUCACUGAAGCUACUUUGAAGCUUGCACCUAUUCCUGAACAGACUCGAGUUGGCGUGGUUGCGUUCCCGACUAUUCGGGAUGCUGCGUCAACUGCUAUGCAGCUUAUCCGGAAGGGCGUUUCCGUGCAAUGUAUGGAGAUCAUGGAUGAUGUUCAAAUGGAUGUUAUCAACCGCGCGGGUGGAACCGGUCGAUCGUGGAAGGUCUCACCAACGCUUUUCUUCAAAUUCUCUGGAACUAUUGCAGGUGUCCAGGAUAGUAUCAAUCUGACGACAAAGCUUGCAAAGAGCAAUAAUGCUGAGUCCUUCGAAUUUGCCCGUGAUGAUCGCGAGGCUCAUGAUUUGUGGUCGGCACGGAAGCAGUCCCUGUGGAGUAUGAUGGCACUGCGUAAGGAGGGAUCAGAGGUUUGGUCAACAGACGUGGCAGUUCCCAUUUCUCGACUGCCUGAUAUCAUUGAAAUCUCCAAGAAGGAACUUGUGGAUCUUGGACUUUUCGCUAGUAUCCUUGGACACAUUGGUGACGGCAACUUUCACGCGAGCAUCAUGUAUGACCGAAAUGAUCCCGCUGAGAGGGAGCGAGUCGAGAAGGUCGUAUACGACAUGGUUGACCGUGGGCUGGAAAUGGAGGGCUCUUGCACGGGGGAGCAUGGUGUCGGACUGGGCAAGAAGGGAUCUUUAAAGAAGGAACUUGGACUGGAGACGAUCAAUGUCAUGCGCAGUGUCAAGCAGUCAUUGGAUCCAAAGUGGCUCUUGAACCCUGGCAAAAUAUUUGACCACUCAGAUGAUUCUCCUGGACCUGGUCAUUGA